GAGUUUAUCAAUUUCCUGUAUUUUUAGUAUGUGAGCGUGAUUGUGUGUGUGCGUAUCAGCGGGGGAGUGAUAAGUAGCUCACUUCCUUCCUUUACCUCCAUCUGGACCAGAGCAGCAGUGAGAGAGAGCGACUGAGCCGACUGUCUCCCAAACUUUGAAAAAGCAGCAUAGUUUUUCCCAAACGAGUUUCAGAGCUUCCCAGUCGAGUCCGAGCAUGCAGACUGAAUCUGUCCCGAGGAAGUUCAGAUGAUCUGUGAUGACACUGGCACUGUCAGACAUGGGUGACUAUCUCCUCGGUGCCAUCGUCAUAUGGCUCUGCUUUCUUCCUGCUGGUCUCCGUGCCGAGGAAUGCAGCCAGGCUGUCCUGGCGAGACGUGGCACCUCGUAUGUGCAAGAGGGGGGCAGUCUGUCCCUGCUCUGUGUGGUCCAGCACUGCGGAGACGCCUGGACGGGCGACUGGAUGAAGAAAAAUUCAACAGAUGCAAAGUUCAGCACCGUUAAAAACAGUGACGACGGGCCUCACCUGACCAGUGUGCCGCUCUCGGAGAACGAAACGCACCUCGUCCUGAGUUUCCCGAGAGUCAACCGGCUGGACGAGGGCUCCUACGGAUGCAGGGUCACGUGGGGUCAAGGUGUAACCGACAUGGGGCAUCUGAUGUACGUGAACGUCACCGCAGCCGUCCCCUCUCAGAGGAAGUGGUGGCACAGGGUUCUGGUGUACGCCGGUGCUUCCCUCUGUCUCCCCGUCAUUCUCGGUGUGGCCCGUUGUCUGAGUUCAGGGGCCAGGCCUCGGCCAUUUCCCAGGACACAGUCCACACGUGUCCCCUGUACACGGGUUCCACCGCCUCCACCGGUGCGGAAGAAACGUGGCACUCACUCACACAAAGCUCCGCCAAAGUCCCAGCAGCAGAAUGACGUGGUGUAUGCAGACAUUUCCAAUGACGCACUGGGGCAGCAGCGAGCCGCCAGAGAUCCUCCCCAGUCCACCGUCUACUCAACAGUCAAAUUUUCCUGACCUGCAAUGGAGGAACAGCAGAGGAGAAAAGUUGGAAAUGUCCCUUUUUUCUGGGGGAUUCUCCUCGAUCCUUGACUUUUUCCCCCCGGAAUGGACUGAACUCACCGCUUCUCACGUACAGGACUGCACAUCUUCUGAUAGAUGUUUGACCAAGCUCAGGACUUAACCUGCGUAUUGUGAAUUAUCACUAAAGUAUAUGACAAAAUAAGAUACAAACGGACGCAGCAGUGUAUUCUUGUAGUUUUCUGUUGUCUAGUUGAUAUAAACUCUCCUGAUUUUACUGUGUGACAAAAGGUGCUGGGGGGGGGGACGACACACUUUGUUUGGUCCAACAAACGUUUUAUUGUUUUGAAUUUUGACCACCAUUAAAUGCAAGUUGUUUCUGAUUUGUUAUGUACAUGACAUAUUUAAGUAUGGGCUGGAACAUCCCCCGUAUUGACUGUAUAAGGCUCGCACGUGUGUGGGAUUGUAAAAAGAAGGGAAAAACACCUAAGUGACACAAAAUACAACAUUUUAUUUUUAGAAUAAAUUCUCAAUGGCACGUUACAUAACCAAAUAUACAUAUACGUGUUUUUAGACAUCUUUUUUUAAAAUUAAUAUAUUUUCCUUUAGUCAUUUCAUGAAGUAGCGUACUCUGCACUUACAUUUUUUAUUUUUAAUUUUUUCUUACAUGACAUCGAUGCAAAAAGAAGGUAUCGUUUUUCUUUUAAAAUAAAUUAAGCGUAUUUACAGAGAAAAAAGGCUGCAGGGGGCGUUUCGGUGAUACCUGCUACAUACGAAAUGCGCGGAGGAUUUCUGUUUCCUGCUUCCUUUUUACUCGAGGUAAUCACGGGUGUCUACACACUAACUGAGAGCUCUUCUGGGUCUAUUGUUUGUUUGCUUUGUCAGUCAUCGCGUCUGCCUUCCAGUCCGGUUAUAUCAGAGCCUCCUUGAGAAGUUAAAGUUCACCUAAAUUAUGAAAUUUAAUUUUUUUUUUUUUGGUGUAAUUCUGGCGACCUGAGCCUUUUAAAACCUCGUGUGUGUCGAUGGGACUUCGUCAUCUCAGGGAGAGGAAUGGUUCUCUACACAGUGAGAGACACGUUCUUCCCAAGACCUUCAAGUUUUCGUCACAUAUAGGAAACUCCCACUCUUUGCCCUGCUCACUCCGGUUAGCGCAGCUCCGGGCUAAUGUUAAGGGUCAGAUUGGACCUGUUGUGCCGUUGUGCUUGCCACUCACUGGCUUUUGCGAAUUUAUUCCCAGUGGAUUUUGUAAUAACAACUUUCAAACGAAAUCAACACUACAAUAAAAAUUAAAAAAAAGAG